GUCUUUUAUUUAGGAUAAGAAAAAACAUGACAGGAAAAGCAAGUGCAGGUGAUUUUCAAGUUCAGAAUUCUCUGAAGAAGAAGAAGAAGAGGAGGAAACACAAAUUAAUGAAAGUUCAUGAAACUGAUGAAGGAGAAACUGUAGAAAAGGCAGAGCGUGGCUGUGCUUCUCCGCUGCUCUUUGAAGAUCAAACAGCAGGGAGUGAUGAAGGCCCCAAAAAGAAGAAGAAAAGCAAAAAACCCAAGCAGCAGCAGCAGCAGUCUUUGUUAGAUAAUUCUUGUGGAGGGUGGGACGAGGAAAUUGGGAAUAAAACUGGGAGGGAUGCUUCCCAGAAGAGAAAAAAGAAACAGAAGCAUGAUGACGGCGCAGAGGAGCAAAGCGACGUCACUUGUGUCAAAUUAAAUCAUCACAACGUUGAGAACUGUCAGGAGGUUGAUGCUGAUUAUGUUUAUGUGCAGCAACCUGUUAAGAAGAAAAGAAAAAGGAAACUGCCUGAGGAAGAUGAGGUUUGUGAGGAGCCUGCCUCGGAAGCACAUGAUGAAAAGGACAGUGAAAGAUUGAAAAAGAAGAGGAAGAAGAAAAGAUGCAGAAGCACCCAGGCUGCUCAAGGAGACAAAGAUGUAGCUGGUGCCCAGUCACUGGUGUCCCCUCCAGAGCAAAACAGGCAAAGGGAAAGCACAGAGAAGGGUGGUGUGGCAGUGCCCCAGCGCUGCCAUGAAGCUGGUGACUGCGAUGCUGCUUCUGAGAUGAGUGAACGUUCUGCAGACGUCUCUUCCAAAUUUUCUAAGCCAGCUGAAGCUGCUGCUCCUCGGCCUCAGAAAGCUGCAGUGCGAGCUAAAGUGCCCAAAAGCAGUGCUUUUAUCAUGCAAGAAAGCUCUUCAGAGUCUGAGGAAAUUAUCAGGACACCAGAACCCUCAGCAUCAAAUAAAAAGGACAACAACAAGUCCUUCACUGAAAUGGCAGACUCUGAUGAGCUUAGUGUGGAUGAAGAAGAGUACUUGGACAAUAGUGGGGCUCCAGCUGGAGAUUUGGAUGUUGCAAGGCAAGAACUGGAAGAGUUUAUUCCUCACGUGAAGACUAUGUCAGAGCACUCCAUCAGGAGCAUGGCUGGAAGAGACCUAGCAAGGUUUAAAGAGUUUAAAAAGCAAGGUGUUGCUGUCAAGUUUGGCAGAUUCUCCCAGAAGGAAAACUCUCAACUGCAGAAAAACAUUGAGGAAUUCUUAUCACUCACUGGAAUAGACAGUGCUGAAAAACUGCUGUUUAGCUACAGGUAUCCAGAGGAUAGAGAAGCCAUCCAGCGCCUCAAAGCAGAGUAUCAGUUCUGUGAAAAGCUUUCUGAGGGCAUACCACGACCCUGGAGGCUGAUAUAUUACAGAGCAAGGAAGAUGUUUGACCCAAAGAAUUAUAAAGGGAAGUACAGCAAUGAAGAAAAGGAGAUGUUGAAGAGGUACCAGGCUAUGUAUGGUAAUGACUGGAAGAAGAUUUCAGCAAUGAUGUCUCGUUCUAACAUCUCAAUUGCUAGGAAAUACUCUGAAAUCAAGUCAGAUAUUAAUCAUGGUGCUUGGUCAAAGGAAGAGACCCAGAAGUUAAUUAAUGCAGUAGAGGAGGUGAUUAAGAAAAGGAUUGAAAAGGAAGAGGCAACUUUUCUUUCCUCAUCAGUAGAUUCAAGUAGAGAUCUCUCCAUUGAGCGGGAAAAGCUGUACCAGAAUUUACCAUGGGCUGAGAUUGAAACUCAAGUUGGAACUCGAUACUGGAAACAGUGUAAACAGAAAUGGCUCACCAUUUUAAGAAUAAGGAUGAACAAAGGGAAGAGGCUGUGCAGGGGAAAGGAAGGAUUGCAGGCCAAGAUCAAUCUUAUUAAAAGGUUGUAUGAACUGAAAGUGGAGGAUGCUAACGAUGUGAACUGGGAAGAAGUCUGUAAUGCUGUUGGAGAUGUCCCCCGUUCCUAUGUUCAAGCAAAAUUUUAUAAGCUAAAAGUCUCCUGUGUUCCUUUUUGGCAAAGAAAGACUUUUUCUGAAAUUAUUGAUUAUCUUUAUGAACAUCAACUUCCAGAAUUUGAAGAAGAAUUAAAAAAAAAGGGGGGAAAGCAUGAUUCUGUCAAUUCUGCUGCAGCCAGGGGGCAGAAGGCUUUCCGACUCAGUGACAUUUUUGACGGAAGUGAAGACAGUGAUUCAUGAACUGCACCAAAAGCAAUUCCCAGUCUGCCUGUUUAAUUGCAAAAUGGAUCUGCUUGAAAGUGGCCACACUUCAACAACUGCAGCUGCAGAGGAUAUCUCACAGUGGAUAAAAUCAAGAAGUGGACAUUGAUUUUCUUGUGUCAUGCUGAGGACUGAGGUAAACACAGGUUUUGUGCCACUUUUUUUUUUUUUACCCUAAUUUAACUCUGGCUUCAAAGUUUUCAUCUAUAAGCACCCAAACAGCUUUCUGAAGAGCUCCAAACCAGUAUUUUUUUCCACUGCUUUUUUUCUUCUGAAGAGUUAAAAGCUGCUCUUUACCUUUGUAAAUAAACUUGGUGUGUAGAACUUGAAAGAGUUGUAAAUAGUUAAAGAUAAGAAUGGAACUGGGAAGUAAUUAAAAAUAAUAAGAAUGGCUUGGGAAAAGGCUUUCACUUUGCUUUGGCAUCUCUGCAAUAAAUCAGUAUUGAUGGCAACACCACAGCUUAAGACAUUUGUGUUGAUGGAAACACACAACUUUGAGCUGGGUCUUUAAACAAUAUUCCUGUUCUUAACAGAAAUAUUGCUUUCAGGAGCAGCUGGGUUUGUUUUUUUUAAUUUUUUUUUGGGGGGGGGAUGUGAACUUGGACUUUUAUCAGCCCUUCUAGAGAAAAAGGGAUUUUGGUCCAUGACUGGUGAUAAAUUGUGCUGUCAUUUGAUGCCAGUCAGCAGAAUGAAUUGAAAAUGGUGUUAAUAUUUGGAAUACUGAGAAA